AUGGCUCUUUCGUCCGAUCCGUAUGAGCAGAAACUGUAUCACAUGUUUCAAUCCCACGGUACUGGUGAUGGCAGCGAUGACGAUGCAAGCUCUGGUUUGGGUUUGGAUCGCAAUGCUCUCUUGAAAUUGUGUCAGACUCUGGAGCUAAAAGAACGGGGUCAUCUGCUUGUCAAGUGUUUACUAAUUGGCUCUAAGACGCACGUUAGUUUCCGUGAGUUUCGUGAAGGGCUUCUGCACAUUCUCGGCGGAAACGAAGAACCGAUUCCCGUUGGCGUCGUUGAGUCCGAAGACACAUUCCCAGCAUCCCGUAGUCAAUCGAAUACCACCUUCGAGCCACAAGCAAAAGAUUCAGACCAUUCAGUUCAACAGCUGCAAAAUAAUGACAGCAGCACCAACCAUGGAUGUCAAACACUUCCGGGAUCCCAUUCCUCUGCAGCAUUCGUAUCCACUUCCCUUGCCAAACCAUCAUCUUCGAUUGGAGGUAAUGAGACGGAAAAUACCUCCGAUUGUCAGCUUCUAUCGAGCUCGAUAUCGAAGAAUAUCACACUGCAGGAGAAUGUAUUGAAAGCUGAACAGCAGGAGCCUAUAGAGAACGUCGAGAAUGGUAGUGAGGAUCACUGUUCAUUAAUCGGUCAUGCGAAACCUCAAUCCUCCGGCAUGGCUACAACUAGAGGGACAAAAUUUAAUGGCGUUCCGGUGGAUGAGAUUGACUUUUCGAAUCAACGUUGCCGUGUAAAGCAGGAUCGCUGUCAACGUCGGUUUAGUAUGAAGAAAAAAGAGACAGAGAUAGUUGAAGAAUCAACUUCGGAUCGGGAAGUUUCGCCGAAGUUUGUCGUUGGCACGAAGAAAUACGGUCGCCGAUCAAGGCCUCGUGAGGAUAUACAUGAGUUAGAUUCACUUUCGUCUAAUUCGGAUAAUGAAACGACUAACAUCUCUAAGGUGGAAUUAACAAUUAAUUCCGCUGCAGAGCAAUUCAAUGGCAAAUCACAUAAUCACCGUUUAACUUGUACGGAAGAAGCCAUAUUAUCCACGAACAAGGUUCAACGUUCGGUGUCCCAGAGCGACAUCCAUGGCUCAAAAAGACGACGACCUAUAACAAUAUCUGGUGUUGUACCACGAUUAAAACGUUGUGCAUCUUUACCGACGCACCGACAGCGACCAACGAUAGCAAUAUCCAAUGAUAAACGAAAUAUAACGACGCCAGUGACUAUUUGUGAUCAGCUACACAUGGAUAACGAAGCGCUCGAUCAAAAAAUCUAUUUCAUGCAUUUGUCUGAAAACUUGCGUGAGAUUUGGAACUCACUACUGCAGCGCGACUGCGAUUUUAGCAGUUCCCUUGAUGGUAGUGAGGGUCUAUUAAAUCAGACAGAACUGGAAGUAGUUUGCGAACGCGUUGGUCUUCAAAAGGAUCCAGCACGAUUGGCGGCCCAAGAAGUAUUUAAAAAACUGUCGUUACAACCAAAUGAAGGAAUUAAUUUCGGGGAGUUUAUUGCUCUUCUCGAAAGCAACACUGAGCUCUUGUCGAUAAGUGAAAUCCAUGAGUUAAACUCUGGCGCUGAAGCUUGUGGUGAAUCUCGUUUGGCACAGCAUCAGAUAGCGUCAACAUCAUCCGAAGAAGCGGUUGAAAAUAAUACUUUUAUACUCGCCAUGCCAUUAGAUUGGACUUCGGAAAUAGGAUCAUUAGCAACAUCGAUAAUCAUCGGCAUGUGGGAAUCUGCUGGCAUUGAUGCGCCUGCUUCAUUGCUGCAUGAAUUGGGCUUCGAUCGUGAGGUGGUACAAGUCGCAGAUUUGGUCCAGGCCUUAGAGGAAGAACAUCAGCGGCUUGUCAGCAGUGGUCAUCUUAAUAGCAGUACCAUUAGCAGCAUCAGUGGCAAUUCUUUUGAUGACGCUGCGUUGAUUGUACGAGCCUCAUUGGUACUGCAUAAAGCAGAAGUAAAUGCUCUGCGACAAGCAUUCCAUCAGUUGGUUGAAGAAAAUAAAAAGUUAUAUGCCGACAACAAAGAAGUCAACCAUAGAGCAUUGCUGCUGGCACAAGAAGUAGAUGAGCGACAUAAUUCGUUGGAAAAUACAACUCGUGCAAAGAUUCGGCAACUGGAGCAACGACACCAUGAAUCGGUUAAGGAGUUAUCCUCCCAACUUGCAUUCGAGCGAGAGCAAUUAUCGCACAUGCAUUCAUUAUUCGAAUCUCGCGUCCACGCGCUUGAGAGUGAGGAAGGAAAAUUAAAAGCAGAAAUAUCUCGAUUGUCGCAAGAAAAUGAAGAAUUCCGUAUGGACCAAGAGAAUUUAACCAAAGAAAUUACUGAUUUGUUAGAAAAAAACAUAAAGCUAAACCGAGAUAUUGCUGAACUGGAGGAAAAUAAUCGUGGCAAUGAUUACGUAGAUUACGACGACGUGGAUGAGUGCGGUGGCUACGUGCGUAAGGACAAUGGUGAGCAAGUACUUGAUCUGCUCGAUCGAAUAUCAUUACUGCAGUCUGAAAACUCAGAUUUGCGUGAUAAAAAUGAUGAAUUGAGUGCUGAGAUAGAGACGCUGAAUGUAGAAUUGAUCAAGUUCAAGCUGAAGAAAAACGCCACAACAGGAGGAAUCGGAGAAAAUGCGAAAGGAACCGCAUUUCAACACAGCAUUUGCAACGGCGGAGAUACUAGCAUCAUUGGAUUCCAUAAUUCUGCUGCCGCUGUCAAGAGGCGAGGAGAUUCUCCGAGUAAAAUUCGAUUGUCCGAUGAGAAUCCCCACAGAUUGGGCAAAUUCCGUAGGUGUAGUGAUGAAAUAAAUGAUAACGAAUCUGAUUCUUCAUCUGGUGACUGGAUAGCGUUGCAUUCAGAAUUAGGACAGAGCAUUCAACAUUCUGACGAAAUGGAGUCAAUAGUCAAAGAGCUGCUACCUACUACAAGUGAUGAGUUCCGUACUCGGUUGGAUGCUGCGGUUUCAGGAACCGUGAAUAUGUAUGAAGAAACGAAUACACUAGUGUGUGGUGAUCAAGAUGAAAUCAGGUUGUUACGAUUGAGAAUCGAAGAACUUGAACUGCUAUUGAGCAACACGAAGCAGUCCAUCGAAAUACCAGACAAAACACUGCUGCUUUCAACGGAAGAAAAGAACGAGACUGCCAUUGUACAUUCGUCUGAGCUUUCAGAUAAAGCAAUCGAUCAGACAGAAAAAAAUAGCGAGCAAGAUGAGAUAGAAUAUGAGAAAUUAAAAUCACGCUGCGAAGAGCUAGAAUCUAGUUUGGAGCAAAUGCGAAAGGAGUACGAAGAUUGCGAGGAUUACUGGCAAGCGAAGUUGAAUGAUGAACGCCUGCUUUACGAAGAGGAGCAACGAACAAGUGACGAAAAGUUUACCGAGCUGUUAAAGAAGGUGGCGGAAUAUGAAGAGCAGUUUACGAGUGGAUUUUCGGGAGCAAAACUGGAGAAAGAUGGACGGUUAUCUCCGAUUGAUGAAAAAGAUGGCUUAGAACAGCAGUACUUGGACCUUGAGGCUGAUUACGAACAAGUGCAACUGGUAUUGACAACCAGAACAGCAGAUUUGGAAAAAUUGCGUCGAAGAUUGCAAGAGAUGGAGCAGAUGUUCAAAUAUCCAUCGGAAGCGUUGAUUUCUUCAUCAUCACGUCAUGUUGAAACAUCUGAGAGAUCCGAAGGACGUCCAGCCAGUUCACCGAUUACUUAUCUUUGGACACAAAGUACGCUUCAACAACCCAUUCGCGAUUAUCAAAACCCUAACUGGCGACCUCCGCAAUCAGCAAUGGUAGAGGACAAAUGUUCUACAAAUGCUGUUGACAAACUAAUGUCUGAUGAAGAAAUUACAAUAACAAAAUUGGUUGAAUCCAUGAAUUCCACAAGCGGUGCAUAUGUUACGACUACGGCGAGCUUUGAACAGGUCAGACCACCAAUACAAAAACCAACAUUGACACCUAUUUCCGGAUCAGGGGAAAAUGUCUCUUCUAAUAAUAAAAAACAACACCGUCGUCGUUGCCACACCAAUGUACCAGAAUUGGAUCAGCAGAGUGAAGCAUCUGAUGAUUCCUGUUCCGACAAAUCGACUCAUAGUGCCCGUAGUAGUGUUGCUUCAACACACAGUUUACAAAAUGCAAUGGCAAUUUCGGAAGAAAGCAGCGGUACUCCAGGUGUAAGGAUAAACAGGAAACAUUGUGGGUUAAUGCAAGUGCAGCUGAAAAAUGAAAUUAAAGAUCUCACUCGUGAGCGCGACUGUUUGAUGUUGGAAUUGCAGCAGCUAAAGGAAGCCAAAUCCAUAAUGAUAGCUCGAUCGCUCGGUACAAAAUCAACGUCUCAUCCGGCGAACCAGAUGCAGAAAAUACAAAAUCUGGAACUUAAAAAUCGACAUCUACAAUCGAUGGUAAAGCAACAGCAACAGUAUACUGAGUGUAUUCUGCAUCAAAUCUGGCAGCAGCAGCGAAGUGAAAUUACCGAUCUACGCAAUCGACUCGAGGCACAGUGUGUCGUUAUAUCGGAUCAGGCAGCUCGGCUGGCUAAUAACGAUGUGCUAGUGAAAGAUAUGUUUGCGGAAAACUCUCAGCUCAUGUCACAGGUGCAGCGUUUAGAGCAUCAGUGCAGCCGUGCUAAUUGGAUCCAGCAGCAGCACCAGCAUCAGCUCCAGCAACAGUACAGCAAACCAAACACUCCCACUAAUAGUCACCAUGGGUUAAGUAGUAUUAUGCCCGGUUUGCCAUAGCCUUGGAGUUGCCGUCGCCAUUCUCGGAUUGUUAAUACGACCAUCCAGAAACAGCAUUAACACACACGCUCAUACAGGAUUUUAAUGUUUCUUGAGGCAAUGAUCAUUCUGCAGUCUGGGCUUUAAUUUCGUGUUGUGUUAUUUUAUAUGUUUGGGCCUGCCAGAAAAAGUAGUCCCACCACACUUGCUGCAUAAUGCUGGUGUUUCUAUUCCUAUACAUAGAAGCACUGAGAUGUAUAUUUUGUUUUGGAACGUUGGUAGUGUUUAUCUUCUGAUUUUUCUAUGCUGGUACACCUCACAAUUCAUUCCAAGUGUUUAGAUUUGGAGUUUUUGUGGCAUUCUUUGUAGUCUUUAAAUGAGAAGAUUGUUUACUAUUCAUCUUUUAUGUUUAAUUGCUAUUCCGCUGUAUCCAUGUCUGACAUUUACUCCUCAGACGGGCAGAACAUAUAUCACGUACCAUGUCGUUCUUCAUUUUAACUAGUUCCUGUGAUGAAUAUUCAAAAAUGGGCUUUAAUAUUGGAUUAUUUUUGUGAUCUGUUAGAUAUGUUGAGUAUUUUUGUAUGUUCUGUAUGUGUGUUUCAGGAGUGAGGGUGAAGGAUAUGUAUUUAUUAUCGAGUGAAUUAAAUUGGUAUAUUUUUAUCGAGUAUAUUUUUAUUAUAUUUAUAUUAUCGAGUGAAUUAUAUUUGUAUAUAUGUCAGUGCUUUGUAUCAAUUUUCAGUCCGGCUGUAUUUUCUUUCUGAAUAAUCAUCAUGUUCGUGCGAUAAAUGAUGCGAGAAAAUUUUGAAGCUGCAUAUAAUUGUUACUAAAGAUCUGUGAUUCGUUGUAGAUGACUAGACAUAUGCAACGCGGUGAACGCACAGCGUUCAAAAAAAUCUAUUUUUGAACUUUGACUGUAAAAUUAACAAACGAAGCAAGUGUGUUGCUUAUCCACAUCCCCUGUAUCAAUUGUCUUUAUAAUAGGGUAAUUUUUUCACAUAUAAUUUGUAUAAUCAUAAAGAAUUUAUCAUUAAUGAUAUAGAAGAUAUGAUUUUCUUUCAAUUCAUAGGAGUCAGGAUUCAUGGUACGUUAGGCCUUGUUUUAGCUUUUUUGUCUUGCUCCCAGAUCGGAGCUCCAAGCUCCGAGUUACUAUGCCGAUACACAUUUACAGAUAUAUUAGCUACCGAAGCUUUUCAAAAUUAACCAAUGUUUCUCUCAAUGAUGCUAUGCGCUUUAUAUCUGAGUUAAGGUUUUUUUUGACGGGAUAAAGUCGAUUUCCACCAGAAAUUUCUGCCAUCAGAUAGCCUACCAAUUGUGAAGUAUACUUGACGAUCAGUCUUAUCUUUCGGCUUUACACAUUGUUUAGAAAACGAGUAAGCAAUUUUAAAAUAAAUAAUGAUCAUUUAAUGACUAAUAAUUUUAGUGUAGACAAUUCAUGUAAAAAAUAUAAUGUUUUAAACACUACAAAUAAAUUGAAUUCAUACGAGUUAGCAAUACUUUUAAAAAUAUGCUUUGA